UCGUUGUGUAUGAAGUCUCAAUCUUAUCUUUAAUUUGGUGGAAGGCAGUUAACAGUACAUGUUGUGAAUCAAGAGCAGGAGCAGCAUCGAUCUCUGGCCAUAGUUGAGCUCGCAAAAUUUGCAAAGCAAGAAGGAUUGAUCGGGCACCAACACGUACGCAAAUGGCGGCGCUGGACGCUCUUCUCGGAAUCUGCGUGGAGAAGCUCUCCGCUUUAAUCCAAGAUGAGGUGGCGAUGAUUCGCGGGGUGAAGGAAGAGCUCGGGAAGCUGCAGAGGAGGAUGAAGCGGAUCGACGGCGCACUGAACAAAGUAGGGCGGGAGAGGACCGAAGAUACCGCUUGGAUGAAUGAGCUGCAAAGUAUCUUGCAUGAAGCGAACGACUUGUUUGACGACGUCAGGCACGAGGGUGAGAAGCUGCUCGACAAUGAGCUGCCGUCCGCAUCUUCAUCAGGUCCGUCGAAACUCUGUGGCCUCCCUACGUUCUCAUGCUUUAACUCAAUUCGAGUUCGUCACAACUUAGCCAAUAGAAUCAGAGCCCUCAACAACAGAAUCGAUGCGGUUGUGAAGGACCGGUGGAUCUUUAAUCUUGAGUCGGUAAAGACUGUGGGUCGAGUGGCGAGCAUGUCGUCCACGCGCGAGACUUGUGAGAUCAUGGAAGCCGACGUCGUCGGGAGAGAGAUCGAAGAUGCUACCGACGAGUUGGUCGAGAUGAUCGUCACGAACAACCGACGGAAUUUUCAAGUGAUUGCUGUAGCAGGCAUGGGAGGGAUCGGCAAGACCACGCUCGCUCAGAAAGUGUACAACAACUCGAGAAUCGGAGACAACUUCCAGGUAAGAAUUUGGAUAUGCGUCAGAGAGAAAUAUUCAGAUGUUCGACUGCUUCAAGAGAUCAUUCGAAAAGCCGAAGGCAGCCACGGAAGUGCCGAACGGGUUUCCGAACUGCUCCCUAUUCUCUGCCGGACUCUUGGAGGGAGGAGCAUCUUUCUCGUGCUGGAUGACGUAUGGCGAUCGGACGUAUGGACUGAUUUUCUCCGAAACCCGCUGCAAAAUGGAGCAGCUAGCGGAUGUGUUCUGGUGACCACGAGAGACCAGAACGUUGCGAUGAGAAUGGGCGCGAAACACACUCAGCAGGUGGAGAGAAUGUCCGAUGCUUCAGGUUGGGAGUUGCUUUGCAAGAGAACAUAUCUAGAAGAAGAGGAAGAUGUGCAAAAUUUGACAAGUGUAGGGAUUCAAAUUGUUAACAAAUGCGGUGGCCUUCCUCUUGCAAUCAGAGUGAUUGCCGGUGUCUUAACCACCAAGGAGAAAAGCAGAAAAGAGUGGAAGAGAGUUCUCAGAAGCAAUGCUUGGUCUAUGAGUGAGCUUCCUGAGGAAUUCAGGGGAGCUCUCUACUUGAGUUACGACAAUUUGCCGCCUCAUCUGAAGCAAUGCUUUCUUUCAUUAUGCCUUUACCCUGAGGAUGAUACACACCACAUUCGGGAUCUUCGCAGGAUGUGGGUGGCAGAGGGGUUUGUCAAGCAAGAAGAAGGUUUACUAAUGGAAGAGUUAGCCGAACAAUACUACUCCGAGCUAAUACGUAGGAGUCUACUACAACCUGAUCCUCAUUAUGUGGAUCAGGGCUGGUGCACAGUACACGAUCUUUUGCGAUCUCUCGCUCAAUAUUUGUCACGAGGUGAAAGUUACCAUGGAGACCCACAGUCCUUGGAUGCUACUGCAAUCUCAAAGCUUCGCCGCUUGUCAAUUCCUGAGAGCGGAGAGAUUGUUACAAUCCCUGGUCCAGAAACUGAGCGACUACGCUUGAGGACAUUGCUACUAAUUAAGAGUCCCCCUAGGAUUGAGCAAAAUCUUUUCUCUAGAGUUCCAUACCUCCAAGUGCUGCUUCUUAAUGGAGAAGGGAUAGAAUGCAUUCCUGAUAGUGUGGGAAGUCUAAUACACCUCCGAUUGUUAGAUCUUGAUCGGACUAGCAUAUCCAGGCUGCCGGACUCUAUCGGCUCCCUAACAAAUUUGCAGAUUUUAAACUUACGACAUUGCAAAUUUCUAAACACACUUCCAAGGGGCAUCACUCGCUUAUGCAGUCUUAGACGGCUUGGCCUUGUUGGCACCCCAUUAAGAAGUGUCCCCGAAGGAAUAGGGAGACUGCAACUGCUCAAUGACCUCGAUGGAUUUGUUAUUAAUGCAGACGGUAGUUGCAAUACAGAACAAAAUAGUUGGGACUUGGAAGAAUUACAAUCACUUCGGCAACUAAGGUGGCUCGAGUUAUCUAUUUUGGGGGGGAAAUGUAACGCAAAUUCCGUGCAGUCCACGGAUGACAUAAUAGAUCAACUGCUGACAGUAACUCAUCCAAGGAAUAGGGCUUUUGUACUUGAAGAUAAAGCCUUCCUAAAAGAACUAGCUAUAUCCUGCACACGGCAGACGGAGAGGGCAGAAGCGCCGCCAUACACAGAGGAGGAAAUCAGUAAGAUUGAAGACACCUUUGAGAAAUUGCACCCUCCAACUUGUUUAGAAACAUUAUGGAUCGCCAACUUUUACAAUCAGCAUAUUCCGAGUUGGUUGCUGUCGUCAUCUUUGGGUACUAAUCUUCCUCAUCUAACAUACGUGAAUUUCAUAGGUUUGCCACUAUGCCCACAACUUCCACCUCUAGGCCAAUUGCCACAUUUGAGGCUUCUCCGAAUCCAAGAUGCUUUGGCCAUUGUAACUAUUGGUCUAGAAUUACUCGGUAAUGGGGUUGGUGACGGGGUGCACGCAGCAACAGCCUUUCCUAAGCUUGAAUUUCUUAACAUGAUAGGCAUGCCUAAUUGGGAGGAAUGGUCCUUAGUUGGCAGUGAAACAGGAAACUCAUCAUCUUGCUCGCUUCGAGUUAUGCCUCGUUUAGAGGAGUUGUUUGUGAUAGAUUGCCCGAAACUCAGAGCACUUCCAAAAGGUUUGCAGCAACUCAGAGCACUCCGGAUUUUGACAGUUGAACGAGCUCAUAGCCUAAGUGUAAUUGAGGACUUCCUGUUCAUUACCGAGCUUAAAAUCAACAUGAAUAAUAACACGGAAAGGAUCUCAAAUCUUCCUGCACUAAAGAAGCUCACCAUUUGGAACUCUCCGACUCUGAAGUGCGUCGAUAAUUUGGUUGCACUACAAUACCUAGAGUUGCAAGAUUAUUCUAUGGAGUCCCUC